ACAGCUACAACUUCUUUUUUUAAACAGUCCUCAACAUGGACGGCGCACGUGUAUCUGCUUUAGCUAUCUACCGCUUGCAGGAGCGCGCCGGCAUCACCCAGAAAGAGAAACCCGGGCGACUGCAGAAGCCGAGAAAAGUACACCUUUCUCCGUCCAAAGACGACAAGAAGAAGCAGCAAAAGCAGAAGGGGAACAAAAAGGUGAGCCCGACUAAGGGAUGCUCCCAGGUAGGGCUAGAGGUGCCCGAGCCGCUGUCAAAAAAAGAAAAUGGCUUGAAACUGGAAGGGGAGCCCGAGGCGGCAGCUUCGCUGUCCAGCCCGCUGGCACCCGACAUAGAGAAAUGGAGCGGGAGCCCCAAGAAGCAGAAAACCCAGAAUGAGACCGCGGAGCCCGAAAGGGUUCUGCUUCCGACGGCUCGGGCGGGAGAGGAGAGGGAAGUACUGCCUCCUGCAUCAGCGGCAGUAGAGAAACGGAGCGGGGUCUCAAGGAAUCAGAAAACCAAGAGGCAGACUGCAGAGCCCGAAAGGGCCCUUCCUCGGACCCCGAUGGUGGCGAUGGGAGAGGAGAGAGAGACGGGGCUGUCUCCUUCAGUGAUAGAGAAACUGAGCGGGGUCCCCAACAAUCAGAAAGCCAGGAAAAAAAGGGCUUUGCUCUCGACGGCUCGGGGAGGAGAGGAGAGCAAGGUGGAACAGUCUCCUGGGGCAAUAGGGAAACCGAGCGAGGGGCCAAGGAGGAAGAAAGCCAAGAGACAGGAGGCAGAGCCCGAAAGGGUCCUACCUCCGACGGCUCGGGGAGGAGAAGAGAGGGUGGUCGAACAGUCUCUUGGGACAACAGAAAAGCCGAGCGAGGGCCAAAGGAAGAAGAAAGCCAAGAGACAGGCGGCAGAGCCCGAAAGGGUCCUACCCCCGACGGCUCGGGGAGGGGAAGAGAGGGUGGUGGAACAAUCUCCUGAGGUAAUAGAAAAGCCGAGCGAGGGCCCAAGGAAGAAGAAAGCCAAGAGACAGGCGGCAGAGCUCGAAUGUGUCUUACCCCCGACGGCAGAGGAGGACAGGGAAGUGGGACCGUUUCCUGGGGCAGCAAAGAAGCAGAAAAGUGAAAGACAGGCUGCGGGACCUGGAAGGGCCCCAACUCCCAUCCCUACUGUUGCAGUCGAAAAACCGAGCCGGAGCCAAAAGUGUAAGAAAGUCCCGGGAGACAAGGCGGAUAAGGUGGGAGAGAAGAGGAAGGUGGCCGAAGGGGGGGUAAAAGGAGAGCUUGUGGAGGGGCAAAACAGCUGCGGAGCGGGGUCCGGGGCGCCCUCCCUACAGCAGGUUCUCCAGGAGCUGGGCCAGAUUCCGCACAGCAAACGUCGGGCCGCCCGUCUCUUCGAGUGGUUGAUCGCGCCUUUGCCAGUCGACCAUUUCUUCAGCUGGAUGUGGGAGAAGGACGCGGUGCUGGUGCGGCGGGGCAACCCGGAUUACUACCGGGGCCUGUUCUCCACGGCAGAACUGGACGCGGUGCUGCGUGGGGAGGACGUGCAGUUUGGGCUGCAUCUGGACGCCGCUCGCUACCGGAACGGCCAGCGCGAGACCCUGAACCCGCCGGGGCGGGCGCUCCCGGCCACCGCGUGGGCCCUGUACCGGGACGGCUGCUCCCUUCGUCUCUUGUGCCCGCAGGCCUUCUCUGCCGUAGUGUGGCAGGUGCUGUCGGUGCUCCAGGAGCAUUUCGGCAGCAUGGUGGGUGCCAACGCCUACCUCACUCCACCCGGCUCCCAGGGCUUCGCCCCUCACUACGAUGACAUCGAAGCCUUCGUCCUGCAGCUGGAGGGCAGGAAACUCUGGCGCGUCUACAAGCCCAGGGAGCAGACGGAAGAACUACCCCAGUUCUCCAGCCCUAACUUUGGACCCCAGGGCUUGGGAAAGCCUGUGUUGCAGGAAGUGCUGGAGCCUGGGGAUCUGCUUUAUUUCCCUCGGGGCUUUAUCCACCAGGCCGAGUGUGAGCCUGGGGUGCACUCCCUGCACCUCACUGUAUCUACCUUCCAGCGCAAUUCUUGGGGGGACCUGCUGGAGCCCCUGCUCCCUGCAGCUUUGCAAGCUGCCAUGGAGGAGGAUGUGGAAUUCCGCAGGGGUCUGCCUAGGGACUACCUAGAUUACAUGGGGGUUCAGCAUUCAGAAUCUGGGGACCCUCGGCGAGGUCCCUUCCUGGAGAAGGUGCAGAGAUUGCUUGCCCGCCUGGCACAGUAUGCCCCCGUGGAUGCUGUGGCGGACCAGAGGGCCAAGGGCUUCCUCCACGACUGUCUGCCUCCAGUGCUGUCAGAGAAGGAGCGGGCACUGAGUGUGCAUGGGCUGCCUGCCCGGUGGGAGGCUGGGGAGGCUUGGGAUGUGGGGGCAAAAAUUACCACCGAGACCCAGGUCCGCCUGCUUAGGCAUGGUUUGACUCGCUUAGUGAGUGAGGAUGACAGUGUCCUAUUGUACUACACGGUGGAAAAUUCCCGAGUCUAUCAUCAGGGGGAGCCCAAAUACCUGGAGAUUGACUCCCAGUACACUGAUGGCAUGGAGUACUUGUUCAGUUCUUACCCAGGCUUUGUGCAAGUGGGAGACCUGCCUUGCGAUAGUAGGAAGGACCAGAUUUCCUUGGUGACCAUGUUAUUUGAAAAGGGACUGCUGAUCACCAAGAAACCUCUGACCCCAUAGGAACUUCUUGUUGAGGAGAAGGGAAUAUAGUGUGUUUUUGUCUUUACCCCCCUUAUUGGGAUAUCUUAUUACCUCGUUAAUCCUCUUUGACUAUGCUCAUACAUACCUCUAAUGCUUUUUCCAAGUCACAGGUAUCAGAUGGUGACAGAGCAAGAGGGACAUCAGGAUCUAGGUAUAUAAAAGAAAAAAAUCCCAUUUGUAGAAGCAAGCCUUGCUCAUUUUUACGAAUUUGAUACACCUGCUAUUUAGUGCAAUUUUGCUGGAUUCAGCAGGGUCUUUCUGAUCUAGAAUUUGAAUAAACUUAAUUUUCAUUCAAUAACUAUCAAGUAACACUCUUAUGAAGAACUCUGCUUGGGGGUGGGGGUGGGGGUCUGCAAUUCAAAGUUUGAAUAAGACUUUGUCCCUGCCUUCCUAGAGUUUAUUUAGGUUCCAUUUGAGAAAGUUAGGAGUAGGAUUCUGUUUGAGGGUGAGGAUUAUGUAUGAAAGAUUCAGAAUUCAUUAAAAUGCCAAUACAUUUUUCCAAUUAGGUUAUAUUGAAUGGGGGUGAAACUAGGGAAGUAUCUGUGGGAUAGGGACUGGCUGGAUGCCUCUUAUUUGAACUAGAAGAGUAUUGGGGGGGUGCAGUUACCCAUUUCUUUUACAGAUGAUUGGUAACCUGAACUUUCAUUCAUUAACAACUAAUUCUCCAUUCUUGAGGGCACUUUGCUCUCCUGGCAGCACUAUUGUCUUUGUAGUGUGUCCACCAGUCUGCUCUUUUUGUUAAUAUUUUUAAAAAAUGAUUUUCAGUUCCAAAUAAUCUACCUCCCUUUAAAAAAUUUUAUUUUCAAUUUCAAAUUCUUAACAUAACUUUACCCUCUCCCUCGCUGAGUGUAAGAAAUAAAAUACCCACUAAAGUUUUAUAGAGUUUUUCUCCCCUAGACCUGUGCCUUGCUCUAGCUGGGACUGAGAUUAAAGAAAUAGAACAGUGGCUUCUACUAUCACUACCCUAGGCCAGUCCACUUGUAGGUGGAUCAAAACCGUAUUAUGAUUAAGAUGAGGGGAGGUUAACAACCUACUUACUUCAUCAACUUUUACUGGCAUUUAGGAAAAAUAAGUGCCCAGACUUAUCAGGUUGUAUAACUUUCCCUUAGUUAGGAUGUUAGGUUGGAUAUUGGAGCUUGUUUUCUCAUUUUCCUUUCAACUUUAUGAAUAUUGUGACAUUCUUGUACUCUGCACUGAGUACAAGAUAGAUGAUUAUACUAUAAAUAUUUUGUUUGGAACUUAAGCCAUAAAGGAUGUCCCAGCUUCAUCAACCUCAGGUCUUCUAUAUGGCAAAUGCAUUUUUUUUAAAUUAAAAACUCAUGUUCUUUAUUUAGACCACCAUGUAAUACACCAUUUUUAGAAUUUUAAAAUUAGAUAAAAGAGCAUAUUAAAUGGCAAGUGUAUGAAGUUUCUCUUCAUAAACAAUGUCAGAAAAAAGGCUUGAAUUACAAAAUGUUAAAAAAUACGUAGGUACAGUUGAACUUAACAUUUCAGUAAAGCAUGAAGUUACAGAUACAAUAUCUGUAAAGAAAAAUAAUUGUGCCACUCACCUAUGUUUGCUGUUUCUAUGAAUGUUUUUUUCUGUACAUAGGACAUUUUGUACAAAAUAUGAAGUCUACAUUUUUAUUCCUUAUUACCAUAAAGUCCAAUGUAUGUACAGUAUUAAAAUGAAGUCAUAUUAAAGCCACACGAAAAAGACACUCGUAAUAUUGUUGACAUUCCUGAUACACAACUAUGUUUUGGAAAAUGUAAAGAUGUUAAACAUAGAAGUUCAUGAAGAAAACAGUCACCAAAAUUCUAGUGUACUUUUGAUGGAAUCGUUUUUAA